UCCGAACUCAUGAUAUAAAAGACCAAUCCUAUGAAACCUGCUUCAUAACCUUUGUUCAACUACAAAAAUCACCUGCUUCGAAGCCUUGGUUGUUCACGACCCAAACCAUCGUCUAAUACAGCAAAAAUGUCUCCAACCGACGUUUUCAGCCCAGGCUCUACUGCAUUGAUCACUGGAGCUGGCUCAGGCAUCGGUCUGGCGAUUGCGAAAAUAUGUCGUAGUAAGGGCAUGCGCAUAUUGCUCGUUGAUAAUAACGAAGAAGCUCUGGAGGCUCUGACGAAGACGCACUUCUCCAAUGACUCUGACGUCGUUACCUCCAAGGUUGAUGUCUCAUCGACCUCGGACUGGCAGGCGCUGAAGAAGCUCGCCUUGGACAAGUUUGGCAGUAUUGAGUUCCUCGUCUUGAACGCUGGUCGAGGUUUGAGGGGCACCUGGGGAGACGAUGAUUACUUCAGAGAUACCCUCGAAACCAAUUUAUUCGGUGUCAUUCACGGUAUAAACACAUUUCUCUCCGUGGUCCAAGACGCCGCCAAGUCAAAGCCAACGAGCAUCGUCAUCACUGGUAGCAAGCAGGGUAUUACCAACCCACCUGGGAAUCCAGCAUACAACGCCUCCAAAGCUGCGGUCAAGACUCUUGCUGAACAUUUAAGCUGGGAUCUGAAGGACGCAAGCACCAGCGUGCAUCUGCUUGUGCCCGGAUGGACUUACACUGGUCUGACGAGGGCAACGCCCGCUGGUGUGAAGCCAGCUGGAGCCUGGACAGCGGAACAAGUGGCAGAUUAUUUGUGUGAGAAGAUGGGGAAGAACGAGUUCUACAUCAUCUGCCCUGACAACGAUGUUACAGAAGAGCAGGACAAGAAGCGUAUCACUUGGGCUGCAGGUGAUGUUGUUCAGAGACGGCCGCCUCUGUCUCGAUGGCGUGAGGAGUGGAAGCAGGAAGCAGAAGAAACCAUGGCCAAGAUGGAUCUCUGAGACCAUGGGGCUCGAAGUGGUGACCAAUUCGCCAAGAUGUGAUAUCCCUCAUCAUCAGUGACAGUUGAAUGAGCUAUGUUGUGCCUAGUUUGAAUCAAUUGAGUGUUCAAUCGACGAAGUCCUGGUGCAGUCCAACAUGAGUCUACGAUGCAAUAUCAACCGGCAGAUCAUCUUCCAAUCCUACAUCAUAGACAACAAUGACUCAUGCGGAUGCCAGCAAAGGGUAGCCCC